GAAAUUCACUCCAUAAUGCUUCGUUUCGUCGUCUUCUCUUUGGUCUCGUUUGUUGUCAUCAUAAGUUGCAUGGGACAAACUUUCCAAUACUCCCGCGGAUGGACAAAUGGUAAGAGGUCUCCAGCACAUCUUCAUGAAGAUCCAACAAUGGCUGAGAUAUUCGAAGUUCCAGAAUCUGAAAGGCGUUUAGAAAAAUGUAUUAUCCAAUUACAACGCUUAAUUCAUAACCCCUACUUCCUUAGGCCACAAUAUGUUGCUACUAACAGCAAUGGAAAUAGUGGCACUAUUCGUCAUCAAUCAAAUGAAAUUUUAGAAGAUUUGGGAACUUCUGAGACCGGUGAGUUCUCUACCAAGCACAAGUAAGGGAUAAAUAUUGUUCGAAACUAUCCUCAAAAAACAACAACAACCAUCAAAACACCACCAUCACUAAUUCCAUAACUUCCUUUCACUU